UCGUAGUGACUCACAAAGCUUUCUCCUUCUGCACUCAUUCAUCCCACUUUCCUUUUUCUUUAGUUUUCUCCACUGUUACACUUUCCCUAUACAUUACCGCUCUCAUUUCUUACAAGUUCCAUUUUAAUCUUUAACAAUGAUAAGUACAAUAAAACUCUCUUUGAAACUGUUGUUCAUACUCUGCAAUAUGUGUGUGCAUUUAGCAAUAGCAGAUCACCACCUCAAAACAAACUCAAAGGAACAGAUCCAGUGCACAAUGUGUGCUUCUUGUGAUAACCCCUGUAACCAACUUCCACCUCCACCACCACCACCUUCUCCGCCACCACCUUCAUCCACCACCAGUUGUCCUCCUCCACCUACUUCCUCCGGUGGUGGAAGUGGCGGAGGUUCAUACUAUUAUUCUCCGCCUCCACCCUCUCAUUCUUAUACUUACUCCUCUCCACCUCCUCCGUCGUCAUCCAACGAAGUAAGCGGCGGCACUUACUAUUAUUAUCCUCCGCCUAGUAACAGUCACUACGGUCCAACGCCGCCGCCGCCUAAUCCGAUUGUUCCUUAUUUUCCUUUCUAUUAUUACAGCCCUCCGCCACCUUCCGCCGCGCCUCCGUCGCAUCGCUCUCUUUUCAACGCAUUUGCUCUCUCUUCCUUCUUGAUGUUGUUGCUUUGAUAGAAACAGAAAAUGAAAAUGAUUUGAAUAACGGCUCAGAUUUGCAGAUCUAGAAAGAAAUUCUCAAGGAGUGUGAGAUAGUGGAACUUGAAAUGCUUUAUGAAAUUCCCGAUAUACCCUCCAUCCUGAUGCUAACCAAUAAUGUGCACGUGUACAUCCUUCUUUCUCACUUUCCACUCUUUUAUUUAUGUUAAUUUCAUAUCUGAAUUUCUAGUGUACAAUAUUGAUCUGCAAUUUGUUCACAAUUUUCAUUUACCCUAAUCUAUGGGUUUGGUUAGGACUAUGCAUGGAUAGAUAUGAUGAUGAUAAAAUAAAUUAAAUUAGUACUCCUAAAAUAAAAGGAUCAAUGCUCUAGUACUCAUUUUUAAUGUUCAUUUAUUUGUUGUUUCAUAGUUAAACUGAGUUAUUAA